AAGCUGUGCUCUGUAUUAUGAUGGGCAUAAAUUUUGAUUUUCAGGGUGCUUUGUUAUCUAAUCCGAUAUGCACACAAGAUGUUUGUCAAAAUGUCACUUCCGUACUGUGUUUUGCUGUAAUUUUAUUCUGAAGUUUAGAAACUUGUUCUAGCUUUCAGCACUCGUAAGCUCUAACAAUUAGUGGCAAACAGUAUUUCCGUUGUCAAUUGGAUGAACUACCAUUCUUGUAGAAGCAUAAAUUGGAAGGAAUUCCACUUUAAAUACAGAACAAUUGACACAUUUGACAUUGUCAUUUCACAUCUUGCUGAAUUUUUUUGGUGUGGUAAAAAAAUAUGGAAAGACCCCUCACUCUAAAGCCACUGAGCAUCCAAGACGAAAAUUCUGCCAUCCAUCGUAAAAAGGUUGUUAUUGAUGGUAAAUCCAAGACCUCCAGACCAGUUUCUAAGAAGGGUGGAGUUCUACUCGAGAGUCGUAAAGCUCUCAACGACAUUACAAACAAGUCAUCCAUUCAUAUUGAAGCAUCAUCACAGCAAAACACUUCUCGAAAUAAAAAGUGUAAUCAUGUAGUUGAGGCCGAGGCACUGUCGAAGAAAAAGAGUUCAGUAAAUGAGAAAAUUAACAUUGCGGAAGAGGGUUUCUUGCACGACCAUAGUAAGUGCAUUGAAGCACAAAAGGCAACAUCGGAACUUCAUUUCUGGGACACGGUUCUUCCUGGACAUGAUUCUGCAAAUAUUAAUAAGGAACUAACUAAGAUCGAUCCCGAAAUUAGUAGCACGAGCAGCUCUUAUAUGGAACUGGAAGAGUUGUCCAUGUCAGAGUUUUCCGAUUGGUUCGAGUCUCCUCCCUCUUCACCAAUAAGCCUGGAUUCUCAACCAACCUCUCCAUUUGCAUGGGACCUUGUUACAGUUGACUUAAUCCUCAAGGAAGAUUGCCAUGAUGAUGAUGAUGUCAGACGAUCCAAGAUUCUUGAUAAUUGCACGACAUCAAUUUCGAACUUAUGUUAGACCAUUUCAUUUGUAUUCAAUUUCCAGAAGCUGGAAAAUUGAUGCCCUGAGAUUUUUAAUGUCCUGAAACUUGA